UGGGUGCUUUGCUUCGUGCGCGUAUUAAGUAAAGUGAUGGUUGACAGAGAUUUCUUUUGUCCAUAACCCUGAUUGUCCAUUUCUCACUGAUAAUUGAAUUGGUUAUUAACGAGAUCCAAGAACGAACAGUGCGUCUUCGUGUCUCGGAUUUGGCGAGCUUCCCGACCGCGAUUGCUUGCCAGGUUCUCGUUCUCAAUACCAAGAGCGCCAAGUGCAGUUCAACACCAUGAUGAUCUUUGUUGUCGUUGUUGUGUCGGGCCUGGCAUGGCUUCUCGGCAUCAGUAUGAGGACCAUGAUGGUAAAUGCACUCAAAUCUUUGCACAAACCCGACGCCGCGAUGAGCCGAGCGGCCCUCGUCACCUCUGCGGCCAAACCCGUUGGAGCCUUGGAACCAGCGACCACUGCUAAGAACGAGAGUCGGUCGAGGUCGGCCAGCGAAAAACCGACUUCAAGGCCGGUGCGAAUCAUUGUCGCCAUGACAGGGGCAACAGGCGCUAUCCUGGGCAUUCGGAUUCUCGAAAUCCUUCGAGAUAUGGGGGUGGAGACCCAUCUCAUUGUCAGUCGCUGGGCUGCCGAGACGCUGAAAUAUGAAGGAAAUUACUCGAUCAAGGACGUCAAGAAUCUUGCGACCUUUUGCUACGCGCACAACGACGCGGGAGCCCUUCCAUCAAGCGGAUCUUUCCAAACGGACGGCAUGAUCGUUGUCCCUUGCAGCAUGCGAACCCUCAGUGCCAUUCGAACAGGGUUUGCCGAUGACCUGAUUUGCCGGGCUGCAGACGUCACCAUCAAGGAACGGAGGAAAUUGGUCCUGGUGGCGCGAGAAACCCCGUUGAGCCCCAUCCACCUGGGGAAUAUGCUGGCGUUAGCUCAAAUGCAAAACGUCGUUAUCUUUCCGCCCGUGCCUGCCUUCUACACGCGGCCCAAGUCCCUGUCCGAUAUCGUCGACCAAUCGGUGGGUCGUAUGAUAGACAUGUUGGGCCUCGAAUCUGACCAUUUCCCGAGAUGGAACGGGAUGGAUCAGUCCAAGGCAUGACCGCAAGCAAUGUUUGGGACUGCCCCGGCUCUUCCGCCCUAAUUAAUGGCAAGGGUAUUUGAAUGGAACGAGUUGUGAGUUAUCGCUGCGGCAGACAUUCGAUUGUUGACCGGCCUGUAUGAGUACCCAAAAUUAUUUGACUGGGCCUAUAGACUAGUCAAAAACAAGAGGAUGCAUCAUUUGGAUCAACGGCUAGGAUUUCGAUGAUUUUUUUUACCUACAUUCGUACUUGCAUUGCAGAUAUAGAUAGAGUCAGUGUAACGCUUGCAUGGAGUUCGCCACAGUUGCGUAGUACCUACACCCGGUCUCAAGACGUUCAGAGCUUCGCGACUGCUCUCUGAAAGCUAUUGGCG